AUGUUUGCCACCAUCACAAGAAAUAGCCAGCUUUCAUCUGGGCCUGGCAGAUUGAAUGGGGAAGAAAAAUUCAGCAACUGCAACUGCAGGUUCCACUCUUCUCCUGAGAAAGACUGCCACAUUUCUAACAAUCCCAAAGGAGAUCGCACCUCUGACACCUCCAGUUCUUACUGUACAGCACCGGGCUCAGAGGAAAUGGAGAGUUUUAAGGACUGUGUUGAGUACUUUGAAGAAGCUGGAGAUUGUAACAAGCAGUGCACUUACUGUGGCACAGAAUACGAGCAAGGAAGCGUAACAACAUCGAUCCCCUCUGCAAGUCAGCUAAGCCCUGGACAUGGAAGCAAGCUUUCCACCAUUGCAGCCAGCCAGCUCUGUGGGACUUUGAACAGUAGCGGAAAUAUGUUACAAGAAAGCCCAUGCAGCAUGAGCAGCAAAGAGAAAGGUCAUACUUAUGCUGUUACAUCUGGAGGAGUUCGAGCUUGUCUUCCUCCAACCAGGAGUGAGACUUUGGGAGUCUCGUUGUCAGUCCAAGAAGUAAGAACACAGAGCCUGCAGGCAGACCACCGCAGCACUAUAAAAGAUCAAACCUGCAGAGACAAACUGUGUUCCAGCAGUAAGCAAAACCAACAGGUUCAGAUGUCAAUCAAAGCCGAGAAUAGCACAGACCCAGCGUGCGGUGGGAGAAUGGGUCUAGUCACACGAAGGCUGCAGCCAGGAGACAGCAGAUCUAAAUACUUGGAUCAUCCUACCCAAUUCAGUUCUGAUAAAUCCAAGGAAAUGUUACCCAAUGCUCGCAAACUAAAGAAAAACAGCCUUGGCAGUCGAGUUCAUGGUCCUGUAAGUAGCAAACCAGCAUGCCCCAAAUAUUUUGCUGAAAAGUCAAGCAUUUUGAGUGACUCAGAUGAGGCUGAUAAUGAAGUAGAGAAGCUCACUGCUCUGUCUUUCCAGAGCCUCUCCUGCCCCCAAGGCAGUUACCUAGAUAUGUAUAGUUCCAGUAACAGGACAUCAUCCAGCUUGUCCAAUUCCUUGCCAGAAGAUUGUAAUGGAAUGAACAGGUGGCCAGCAUGCACAGAACCACUCAGUGGUGUGUUGGGGAAAGAACACUUUGAGUGCGUUGAUGUCACACUGGAAAAUGCCGACGGCAAAAAGAGCCUCUCUAAGAAAAGGAUGGUGCCAAAGCGCCAGAUCCAGUUGAGACGGAAAGAGAAGAAGGAGAAUGGCUUUUGUGCUGCCAAUGACUGUGCCGCCCUCCAGCCAUUCACACAGCCAAGGAAAGAGUCAUGUGUGAAGGGGCGGAAGAUCACUGAUGAGUUUAGGAUAAAUUAUAAGCAAUUUCUGAAAGCAGCUUCUUUAAACAGUGCUUACAACAGAAAUAGGAUUGCUUCAAGUUUGGUGAAAAAUGUUUUGGCUAAAAAAAUGCAAUAUGAACAAAAGAUUAAAAUGGAACAAGCAUCCAUCAGGGGCAGCUCUACAUCUUCUGUCCCUUCCUCUAUAAGUACUGACCUUCAGGGGGACAGUUUAGAAGGCAAGUCAAGUUCUCUGUCCAAGUCAGACUGCAGUUUUUCCACAGAAGAUGUGCAGAGCCAUUCUACCACCAGUGAAAGAUCUGAAUCCAUUGCAGUGAGUAAAGAGAGCAUGGAUUCCUUAAGGCCAACAAAGGGAGUUGUGCUUAAUGCACAGCUACGGGAGAAUGUCUGCAAACUGAAAAAUACAUUUAAUGAACUGAAUGAGAGGAUGAAGUAUCAAGAAGUUACUCAGCUGAAGCGACUCCCCAUCUUGGCAGAGGGUGGAAUUAGUACAAGAGAGGCAACCAACAACAGAAAGGCUACGGGGGAAAGAAAAGAAUACAGGAGAGCCCGAGCUGUGUUUGAGUCCAUGCAGGCUGAUACAAAAACCUUGGCUUCAGUUCCAAAAUUUGCCAAGCCACAAAAGCCAUGGCCAAACCUGAAGCAGCGAGCAAUUUGGCCAAACAAGCAUACACCAUCAAAAGAAGAAAUAUUUUCACUUAAAUCUAAAAGCCUUGCAGUGCCUAAAGAUACUUCCAGGAACAUCUUUACAUCCAAAACCAAAGAAGUGAAGCUUAUCCCUCAGAUGAAGGAUGAGCAUAAUGUUGCAAAUGCCCUUGGAAGCAUUCCUUUGGGUAGAGUUGCCAAUGACAGGAUGCUGCCUAUAUUCCAGACCAUGAAGCUUUCGUCUGUCAGUUUUCCAGCUUCUAGCAAAUCACACAGUGGCGAAAAAUCUAAUUUGCCCCAAACAUCUCAUGCAGAGGAGGCUACUCAAAGGAGAAGCACAGGGAAGAUAGGAAUGCAUCAACGGAGAGAUGUAAAGAAAUUAGUGAAGGACAACUAUAACCUUGUCUUUAGAUCAUCUGACAGCUCCAGUGCAGACCAGGGUUCCUAUUCAGAAAGCAAAAACAAGAACAACUUGAUUGCAUUCCCAAAGGAAUGCAUGGCCAUCUCGCCCCUAUUUAUACGCUGCACCUCAAUAUGUCGGAGAGAUGAUGCACCAGCAGUAAACAGUGCAGAAGAGAAAAAGGAAGACCAAAUUGGGGGCAUAGAUGUGUCAACACUUUCGCUGCAUGAUGACUGCACAAGCAGCAGGGAAUCCCCAGGCCAUUCUCAUCCUACAGUGCAGACAUACGGAAGUGUACCUAUGCGCAAUCCAGAAAGCAAAUGCUCUUCAGUUGGUGAAUCUGCAGUGCACAUCACUUCAAUUCAGUCCAAGAAGUGUGUUGCAGAGAAUAAAAAAUGUCAGCCACAAAUUAAAAAUAAACCAAUGGUUUGUGAGCGGAGUGAAUUAAAUGUCCGACCUUCUUCUGCAGCUACCAAGAAAGAGUCACAGCUUAAUAUUAAAGUCAACAGCUCUGUCUCCAAGCAGUCCCACAAAACAGAAACGGACUAUUUCCCAGCUCUGAGUUGUUCCACAUUGGAUGAGAGGAACAUGAAGGAAGCAUUGCCACCAUCUCACCAUAGCUUGUUACGAGAAAACCAAGCCACUGCUUCAUCAGAGUCUCCUGGGAUUCCAUCUGCUACAUAUCUUCAGGAAGUCACGAGGAGAGAUCAUGGUUGUGUGACCACAAGCCACAUUCAGGAGUCCUACAAAGCCCAGGAAGCUACAUUGGCCCAUCAGAAGCACUUAUCCAGUGAGACCUUCUCAGUGGCUCCCAGAGACAGUAAAGGUUAUUCUAGCCUUUUGGGAGAAGAAUAUAUGUUGCCUGGAUCAGGAUCAUCCUGUGAGAGCUGUAGGCACUCACAAACCAUCAACCUUCCAAUGGGAAGCAGCCAAAACAUCCAGACACAGACUGUAGCAAAUAAUCAUUUUGUUGACAGUACAUCUGAAACUAAACCACCGUUGGAGAACCACAACAGAAUCCAUUCAGAAUGUGUAAUUUCAGACACUCCAGUAACUACCAGAGAGUAUAGUGAAGGAAUCAAGCUAAUAUCCAGCUCAUCUUUUACGCCAUCAACCUCCUACGGAAAGCUCCAUGACCUGGAAUGUGAUUCUUUUAAUAAACAUCAGGCAAGCAAUGAACAAUAUUUUUCAGCCACCCAGACCGACAAUACCAAUUACUUAACAAUUCCUGUGGAAACCCAUCCACCCGAAGCAGCUAUGACGCACCCAGUGCCUACGUACAUGGAUAAUACCUCUUUUACUUCCAAUGUCUCUUUCCAGCCCAGUGCAGAAGCAUUAGGAAAUAAAAGAAGCAAUGAGCACCACCCACCAAAACAAAUGGAGAAGAAGGCAUCCUCUGAUAAUUCGUUAUACAAUAACCCAAGCCAUGGGCAGCUCCCACUAAGAUUUGAAGAGUCCCCCAGUUUCACAAGAAGAAAUGAAAGAAUUUCACCAGCUGGUAAGACUGCUCCAAGCCCAACGAGACACUUUGCAGCCCCCCUGCAGGCACACAGGAAAAUGUUAGUUGAUCCAGAGAGUGGAAAAUGCUACUAUGUGGAAUCACCAAGGCAACCUCAGUUGAAAAUGCUGUAUGAUCCAGAGACAGGGCAAUAUAUUGAAGUGUUGAUACCACCCACCCCACUGACAGCACACAGUGGGCUUUACCAGUCUCCUUUCUCUUCAGUGGUAAUGAAUCCAGGGGGUUAUGGGCCACCAUACCCGUCCUAUUCUGGUGUACCAGGUUUCCCCCCUCCUCCUCCAGCUACAGCUCCUGUCCAUUUGGCUCUUCAAGACCAACAACCCAUUCAGGAAAACACAAAUUUCAAUGAGAAUGUCAACCAUUUUUCAAAGAAUGAUGUUCCUCCAGCUACCCAAACUACUGAUGGCAACUACAUGGAAAGUUUAUACUAUAUUCCCACCGGGAUGAAUUCAAGUCCUAAUCCUUAUCAAGGUGUGUACUCCCCAUCUGCAAGUUCUGGUCUUUCUGUGCCUGAGAAGGGAUCCUUCCUUAGAAUGUGA